GAACGGACAGGGCCUGGAGUCACAUGUUUUUAUUAGUAUUUAAUAGGUUGUGUGUUGGUCAGUGUUUUGAACAUGCCGAAAUUGUUAGAGGGUGUAUCGUAAAAAAUAGUUAAUAUUCCAAUGACACCAAACUAAUAUUAAAAAGAUUGUGGAGUGAUUAAACAUGAGUGAUACAAUUGAUGCAUCAGUGGACAGUAAAGCCCAAUCAGUAGUUAUUGCUGUAGAACAAAAAGCCGAAAUGCAAGCGUCUGCAGAAAACGUUGAACCUGAAAAACCACCUGUAAAGACAAUGGUUUCUAUUGAGUGUAAUCAAGAAUCUACUGACCAUAAAAUGCAUGGAAGCAGUAAUAAGGUAGAGAAUAGAACCAUAGAUCAAACUACUGACCCUAAACUCACAGAAAAAAUGCCUCAACACCUAAUUGAGAAUUAUCACCAGCAGGAUGAAUGUUCAAAUAAAGAUGACGCAAAUGCAGCUAACACUGUAACUGAACAGAAAAAUAUUAAAGAUAUGGAAAAGUUAUAUACUGAUAACAAACCUGAGACCCAAGUUAUCAUAAAUAAAGAGUCACAUUCUUUAAAAAAUCUGAUGAAAUAUGAAAGUUCUGAUAGCAGUAGUGAAGACUCAGAAGAUGAUACUUCAUCUUCAACAGAUAGUAGUGAGAGUAGUUCAAAUAUAACUGGAGAAGUUAGUGAUGCAAGCCAUAGUGAUGCUGAAGAGGUUGCAGCACUCAAUAGAAAAAAUAACACCGUCACAAAGGGACUCACAACCACAGAUAUCUUAGAUCCUGUAGAUUUCUCUUUAUUGCCAGAUUUGAAAAAACUAAAUAUUAACUAUGUAGAUGAGGAAUUUUUGCUUAUGGGCCAUGUAAGAGCAGUUAUCCUAGAUACUGUAGUCACAGUUGAGGCUCUACCUGGUGUCCCAGCUUAUAAUUUGGAUACCAUUCUCUUUGUGAAAGACUCCACUGGUCAACACCAGCCUUUGGGAGUUGUAGAUGAUGUGAUUGGACAAGUAGAGGCACCAUUGUAUUGUCUGAGAUUCCAGACUGCUGAAGAAUUGGCAGAAAGAGGUGUUACAGUUAGACAGGAAGUUUAUGUGGCUCCAAAGAAUGAUUGCACUAAAUACGUAUUUAUCAAAGAGUUAAUGAAAAUAAAAGGAUCAGAUGCUUCCUGGAUUGGAGAUAAGGAACUACCCCCAGAAUUGGCUGAAGAAUCAGAUGAUGAAAUUGAAUGUGAUAUGGAUGAAUCUAGGAAGGCCCCUAAGAGGAAGUCUGGAUCUUUACCAGCACCUAUAAAGAUGAAUGCAAAUGAUUUCAAUGCCAGGUCUCGUGGCCAUCCUAGAAGAGGAUUUCAUAGAGGUCCAGGUCAUUUUCAAGGACAAUUCCAUCCACGUCAGAAUAUGUAUCCUCCUGGUUUCCAUGAAUAUGUACCUAUGCCAAAUUGCAUUUCACCAGCUCCCUUUGAUCCAAGUCAACCUCCGCCAAUGUUUCCCCCACCAAUGCAUCAUUCUCAAGGUGCUUGGAUGCCGCCUCUUCCUCCACCACCACCACCAAUGGGUAGUCCUCAGUUUGGACCUCCUAUGAUGGGAGGACCUCAUCAUCCACCAAUAGGUUAUGGACCAAGAAGCUAUGGGCCCAGACCUGGUGGACCUGGACCUUUUGGACCUGGCCCUUCCAGAGGACCUUAUUAAUGAUUUGUUGCUAUGAGGUUUUUUCUAGUAGAGUUGAGUAUUUGCGGGUUAUAUUACCUAAGUGACGUGAUAAUAUCAUUAUGAUUGAUACAUUUUUUUCUUUGAUUAAAAAUAGAUUUGCUUUUAAAUAUAGGUAAGAACUAAGAAUUUCCUCAUUGUUCUGAAUAUUGGAGUCAGGAUUAUAAUUACAUUUUACAUACAAUUUUGUUCUGUGGUACUUUGGAUCAACAUUUUAGUUUUGUAUUACAGAAGAAAAACUGUGUUAUCAUUGUUAAAUUCUGCUAUAAAAACGAGUUACUGAAAGUAUGAAUUUGCAGGCUAUAGACAAGAGUCAUUUUUUUUACUGAUAAUGUUCCUGGUAUUAUUCUCAUGAGCCUUUAAGGUAUGCACCCACUGAGAAGCGACGCGAAGAGAACCGCGGCGACGUCACUUUCACAUGUCAAAGGCGAUACGCCUCAUCAUUUUGCUUCAGUGUGCAAGCUCUCAGUUGAUAAUAAUAUAAUCGUAUAUCAAGGAAGAGUUUCGAUUCCUUUCUCUUCACUUGCCUUUCUUUAAACCAUAAAACUGCACGCCCACUGAGGGGACGUGAGCGAGCAGUUUUACAAUUUUUUUUCAGUAUGUUAUGUCUAACUUACACUUGAGUGCCUCUAUCUAACAAAUACUUUAGGUGAAAUCUUCUUAUCAUUGUUUCUUUUUUUUUUAAAAUAAUUUAUUUAAACACAAUAAUACAAAAUAUAUAACCAGUUUUAACAAUAAUUCCCCAAUCAGUGCUUGCAAACACUGGCCCCGAGAAUAACAAAACAAUAAUCAAUAUCUAUGAACUAUAGGUACCUACACUGCAAUGUUGCUCAUAAUUUCAACAAAUAAAUUCAUUAACAUUUUUAAAAUCUUUCAAUUCUCUAACAAAACUUCUAUAGUUAUUUGAAUCUUUUAUACAAUGAGGUAAACUUGAAAAGUUGUUACAUUUAUGCUUGAAAUUUUUUGUCUAAAUUUGUUUACACAUUUUUUAUAAUCUACAGAUUUUACCUCAUAAUCAACUUUUGGUUUAUGAAAUUGCACAGAAGUUUUAAUAUCAAGCAAUAUAAGUUUGUGAUCCGAAAUUGCAUUUUCUUCUCUGCAACUUACAUUACCACUAUAAUCUCUAAAAACAUGGUAUAUAACAGAUUUUGGCGAACUGCUAGCUCUAGUAGCACACUCCUCAUUUAUCAUAUUAUUAAUUUGAAAAUUGUUUAAUGCUAUUAAAUCUUUGUACUCCUUGGCUACUUGUGAGACUUCUAGCAAAUUAAUAUUCAUAUCCCCUACAAUUAAAUGAUUUUUAGGAUGAGUACGCAUAAUAGAUCACAAACAAUGAAAAAAAUUAAUACUAUUAACAUAUGGUGGUUUAUAUAUAACACUAAUUUUUAAGUUUUGUUCCCCUAAGCUAAUAUAUAUCCAGUUUAUUAACUCACAUCUGUUUGACUUCUCAAUUUCACGAAAUUUAAAAGAUUUUCUCACAUGGAUAGACACACCACCUCCUCUACCAGCCCUGCAGGAAUGAACAGCAGUAUAGCCAUCCAGCUCAAACAAGAAUGUUUCACUUUCUUCCAACCAUUUUUCAGCCGCCAACAGUAUAUCCCAAUCUUCACUCACAACCAAACACUGCACCAGAUCCAGUUUAUUUCUAAUGUUUUGCAAGUUCAUGUAAGCAAUUUUUAGUUGUUUACGAGGCCUUACUAGUUUUUCAACUGACUUUUAUUACUAAUACGAAGAACUUUUGAGUUUCCAUCUUUCCUUAAAAGGAUAUUACCAUCUCCAAUCCAAAGGAACUUAAAAUUUCGGUCUUUCUUAAAAGCUUUGGCUGCCAUGUAUAAAUCUAGAUUUUCUUUUGUGAGUUCAUGGUUGAGAAAUAUUUUAUUAUCUGUCGUAUAUCCCAAAUCGGAACUUUUAAGGCCAAACUUCUUUCUUGAUUUUAAAAUUUUUAUUUUGGUUGAUUCAUCUUCAAAUAUGACUUUAACAGGGUUGUUUUUAUUCUUAUCCCUCCCAAUCGAAAAGUCGUAAACUUGUUUACAUUCGGGACGUCAAGGUAAUUACCAAUUUUAUUUAUAAUGUGAGGUACGUUCUCGUUUUCUUUGUAUGGAAUUCCCUGCACCAACAAGUUGUUUUCAAGUUCCUUUUGUUCAUUUUUGUUUAAUUGUUGCUUAAUUUGGCCGAGCUCAUCCUGUAAUUGUUCGUUUAUUUUUAAUUGCUCGUUAUAUUUAGUAAAUAAUGCCUUAUAUUUAUUAUCCAUCUCAUCUAAUUUUGCCAUGACAUCGGCCAGAGUGUAAUCCCUCGUCGCCUGUGAAACAAAACCAGGACUAUCUUUGGUCUUACAUUUGCCACAAAUCCAAUCAUCAUUGGAUUUACUUAAUUUAACAUAUGUUUUAUUUGGCAUUCUUUAUGUUUCCACAUGUUGCACUUAUCACAUAGUAAUGCUUGAUGAUCAUCAAGAACCUCGUUAAGACAUAUGUCGCAAUUUUCGGUCUUGGCUUUUGGCAUUUUCAUGCUGAUAAGAUAAUCCGUAAGUUACGGCAACUCCGCUCGAGGUUCACAGCAAUAGCCAGUCUCCCAGUGCCUGGUGUGACAUCUUCAAAGAUGACUUUAACAGGGUAAUUUUUAUUCUUAUCCCUGCCCAAUCGAAAAGUCGUAAACUUGUUUACAUUCGGGACGUCAAGGUAAUUACCAAUUUUAUUUAUAAUGUCAGGUAAGUUCUCGUUUUCUUUGUAUGGAAUUCCCUGCACCAACAAGUUGUUUUCAAGUUCCUUUUGUUCAUUUUUGUUUAACUGUUGCUUAAAUUGACCGAGUUCAUCCUGUAAUUGUUCGUUUAUUUUUAAUUGCUCGUUAUAUUUAGUAAAUAAUGCCUUAUAUUUAUUAUCCAUCUCCUCUAAUUUUGCCAUGACAUCGGCCAGAGUGUAAUCCCUCUUCGCCUGUGGUCUUACAUUUGCCACAAAUCCAGUCAUCAUUGGAUUUACUUAAUUUAACAUAUGUUUUAUUUGACAUUGAUAAGCAUUCUUUAUGUUUCCACAUGUUGCACUUAUCGCAUAGUAAUGCUUGAUGAUGAUCAAGAACCUCCUUAAGACAUGUCGCAAUUUUCAGUCUUGGUUUUUGGCAUUUUAAUGCUGAUAAGAUAAUCCAUAAGUUACGGCAACUCCGCUCGAGGUUCACAGCAAUAGCAGGUCUCCCAGUGCCUGGUAUCAACGUCUAGAAGCGCACGGGUCAAAGUUCAAUUGGCGUUAAAUGUUCUAUGUACCGUAAUGCUCGGAUUCAUCGAUAGCACAGUAUUUAAAUGUUACUAUUUAACACUAAUUUUGCAAAAUAUUUGCACAACUUGACCGGUUAUGGGCAACGUUGCCAUCAUUGCUUAUCAUUGUUCAAUUGCAUUAUAAAGAAACUAAAAUUGAAAUUGUCUGUGGGAAUUUUCAGGGUAUAUACAAGAGAGAGAGAGGGUAAUUUUUUUACUGAUAGCGCUCCUGGUGCUAUUCUCAUGUGCCUUUAAGCUGGGCGCCCAUUGAGAAGCGCCACUAAGAAAACUGCAGCGACGUCAUUUUCACAUGUCAAAGGCGAUACGCCGCAUCGGUUCGCUUCAGUGUGCAAGCUCUCGGUUGAUUAUAUGUCAAGGAACAGUUUCAAAUCUUUUCUCUUCACUUGCCUUUUCAUAAAUGUGCAAGCUCACGUCUCUUCAUCUCAGUGGGCGAGCAGUUUUACAACUAUUUCCAGUGGGUUAUGCUUAACUUACACUUGAGUGCCUCUAUCUAAUGAAUUUAUGUUUCCAUUUUACAUCGAUUUAAAGAAGGGAAACUUCUCUCUGAACUGACUACUAUAUCUCAUGUGAUAUAUGUUACAUAAAUAUCUGUUAGUAAUCUUAAAGGUAUAUCUUUUUCAUAUGCAGAGCAGUUGAAUAUUUUUUUUUAUAUUCUGAGAAUAUAUGUUUAGUUAUGUUAUCACAUUGAUAUUACUUUAAUGAUGG